ACAAGAUGGCGGCUGCAGGCGAUCCGGAGCGGGGCCCCGGCAAUUCGGACUAAGCCUUCUCUCUCCACCCCGCCGCUGCCGGGCCGCGCCCCUCCCGCCCGGGCCCCGGCGGCCUCCCCUCCCCCUCGGCCCCGACGCCCCCCGGCGCCCCUCCCCCCCACUCCUUCCGCUCCCCCCCCCAGCCGCGGCUCCGACAUGAGGGGCCGGCGGGGCAGGCCGCCCAAGCAGCCCGCGGCUCCCGCUGCGGAGCGCUGCGCCCCGGCCCCGCCGCCGCCGCCUCCGCCGCCUCCGCCGCCGCCACCGCCGCCUCCGCCACCGCCGCCGCCGCCCGCGUCCGGACCCAUCGGGGGGCUGCGCUCGCGGCACCGCGGCAGCAGUCGGGGCAGGUGGGCCGCCGCCCAGGCUGAGGUGGCGCCCAAGACGCGGCUGAGCUCGCCCAGGGGGGGCGGCCGCAGGAAGCCGCCGCCGCCACCGUCGCCGGCCUCCGGCAGCAGCGCCAGCGGCCCGGGCCGGGGGGGCCGAGGAGGCGGGGGCGGCAGGACGGGGGGCGGGGGCGGCCACCUGGCCCGGACCACCCCGGCCCGCCGCGCCGUCAACAAAGUGGUGUACGAUGACCACGAGAGCGACGACGACGAGGAGGAGGAGGACAUGGUCUCGGAGGAGGACGAGGAGGAGGAAGAGGACGGCGACGCCGAGGAGACCCAGGAUUCUGAGGACGACGAGGAAGAUGACAUGGAGGAGGACGACGAUGACUCCGAUUAUCCGGAGGAGAUGGAAGACGACGACGACGACGCCAGUUACUGCACGGAAAGCAGCUUCAGGAGCCAUAGCACAUACAGCAGCACUCCAGGUAGGCGAAAACCAAGAGUACAUCGGCCUCGCUCUCCAAUAUUAGAAGAAAAGGACAUCCCACCCCUUGAAUUUCCGAAGUCCUCUGAGGAUUUAAUGGUGCCUAAUGAGCAUAUAAUGAAUGUCAUUGCCAUUUAUGAGGUCGUGCGGAACUUUGGCAAUGUUUUAAGGUUGUCCCCUUUUUGCUUUGAGGACUUCUGUGCAGCUCUGGUGAGCCAAGAGCAGUGCACACUCAUGGCAGAGAUGCAUGUGGCACUUCUGAAAGCAGUUCUGCGCGAAGAGGACACAUCUAACACCACCUUUGGCCCUGCAGACCUGAAGGACAGUGUGAAUUCCACACUGUAUUUCAUCGACGGCAUGACGUGGCCGGAGGUCCUGCGGGUGUAUUGUGAGAGCGAUAAGGAAUACCACCAUGUUCUUCCUUACCAGGAGGCAGAGGACUAUCCCUACGGACCAGUGGAGAACAAAAUCAAAGUUCUGCAGUUUCUAGUCGAUCAGUUCCUUACGACCAAUAUUGCUCGUGAGGAGCUGAUGUCUGAAGGGGUGAUCCAGUACGAUGACCACUGUAGGGUCUGUCACAAACUGGGAGACUUACUGUGCUGUGAGACGUGCUCAGCUGUGUAUCAUUUAGAAUGUGUGAAGCCACCUCUUGAAGAAGUGCCAGAGGAUGAGUGGCAGUGUGAAGUCUGUGUAGCACACAAGGUGCCUGGAGUGACUGACUGUGUUGCUGAAGUCCAAAAGAAUAAACCAUAUGUUCGACAUGAACCUAUUGGAUAUGACAGAAGCCGGAGGAAAUACUGGUUCUUAAACCGAAGACUCAUAAUAGAAGAAGACACAGAAAAUGAAAAGGAAAAGAAAGUUUGGUACUACAGUACAAAGGUCCAGCUUGCAGAAUUAAUAGACUGUCUAGACAAAGACUACUGGGAAGCAGAACUGUGCAGAAUUCUAGAGGAGACGCGAGAAGAAAUGCACCAGCACAUGGACAUAACAGAAGACCUGACCAACAAAGCCCGGGGCAGCAACAAGUCCUUUCUAGCGGCAGCUAAUGAAGAAAUUUUGGACUCAUUAAGAAUCAAAAGAGGGGAAGAUAUUGACUGUGAUCAGAGCCCAGAAGAAACAGAAAAAGACAAGAAUGAGGUCGAGAGUGAUAGUAGCAGAGAUGCUGAGAAGAACAGGGAGGACUCGGAAGACCAGUCCCUGGAGAAGGACAGUGACGACAAAGCCUUGGGUGAAGAGCCUGGGCAAGGAAAACCUGAGGAGCCAACAGAAGUUGGGGAUAGAGGUAACUCUGUGCCAGCAAAUCUUGGCGACAACACAGCUAAUGCUUCUUCAGAAGAGACUAGUCCCUGUGAAGGGAGGAGCCCCGAGGGCUGUCUCUCAGAAACCUAUGAUAGCAGCAACAUGACAGAGAAGAAGGUGGCAUCUGAGCUCCCCCCGGAUGUGCCAGAAGACUCUAACAAGACAUGUGACAGCAGUAACACUAGUGCUACCACUACCUCCAUCCAGCCUAAUCUGGAGAGCAGUGAACUCAGCUCUUCCCAGAGCGAUUCUGCUAAGGCAGCUGAUGACCCUGGCGCUGGGGAGAGCGACUCCCACACACCUGUCUCUGCUCAGGAAGAGAUAGGGGAUUUCAGAUUGGAGAAGUCUAACGGAGAAAUCGCCGAGUCCCCUGGAGCUGGGAGAGGAACGUCUGGGUCCACUCGCAUCAUCACCAGAUUGCGGAACCCAGAUAGCAAACUCAGUCAGCUCAAGAGCCAGCAGGUGGCAGCUGCGGCCCAUGAAGCAAACAAAUUGUUUAAGGAGGGCAAAGAGGUACUGGUAGUUAACUCCCAAGGAGAAGUUUCACGGUUGAGCACCAAAAAGGAGGUGGUCAUGAAAGGGAAUAUCAACAAUUAUUUUAAGCUGGGACAGGAAGGGAAGUAUCGUGUCUACCACAAUCAGUACUCUACCAAUUCCUUUGCCCUGAAUAAACACCAACACAGGGAAGACCACGACAAGAGGAGGCACCUUGCGCAUAAGUUCUGUCUCACUCCAGCUGGGGAGUUCAAAUGGAAUGGAUCUGUCCACGGGUCCAAAGUCCUUACCAUAUCUACAUUGAGACUAACCAUCACACAGCUGGAAAGCAACAUCCCUUCGUCCUUUCUUCAUCCCAAUUGGGCUUCACACAGGGCUAACUGGAUCAAGGCCGUUCAGAUGUGUAGCAAACCCAGAGAGUUUGCGUUGGCUCUUGCAAUUUUGGAGUGUGCAGUUAAACCUGUUGUGAUGUUGCCAAUAUGGCGGGAGUCUUUAGGACACACAAGGUUACAUAGGAUGACAUCAAUUGAAAGGGAAGAAAAAGAGAAAGUUAAAAAAAAGGAGAAAAAACAGGAGGAGGAGGAGACGAUGCAGCAGGCCACGUGGGUAAAAUACACGUUUCCAGUGAAGCACCAGGUUUGGAAACAAAAAGGAGAGGAAUACAGAGUGACAGGGUAUGGCGGCUGGAGCUGGAUUAGUAAAACACAUGUUUAUAGGUUCCUUCCCAAAUUACCAGGCAACACCAAUGUGAACUACAGGAAGCCCUUUGAAGGAGCCAAAAAUAAUACAGAUGAUAAUAAGGAUGAAUCAGAUAAAAGGAAAAGUCCACGAAGUCCAAAAAAAAUUAAGACAGAAUGUGAUUCUGGGAAAGAUGAGGCAAAAGAUGCUGAAGCUGCAGCAGCAGCAGACGACAGUGCAAUGGAGCUCUCCAAGGUGUCUGAGAAGAAGGACCACGAUGUAAAAGAAGUUUUGGAGUCUGAUAAUGACAAAUGCUUCAAGGAAGAACCAAUGGAGAUAGAUGAUAACGUGAAAACAGAGUCCCAUGUAAACUGUCAGGAGAAUACUCAAGUGGAUGUGGUCAAUGUCAGUGAGGGGUUCCAUCUAAGGACUAGUUACAAAAAGAAAACAAAAUCAUCGAAACUGGAUGGGCUCCUGGAAAGGCGUAUUCGACAGUUCACACUGGAAGAGAAGCAACGCCUUGAAAAGUUGAAGCUGGAGAGUGGGGUGAAGGGAGUAGGCAAGCCCCCCAUAAGUGCUCUGCAAAGCCCCUCUGAAUCCGCAGUAACUGCGAAGGCCAGUGAAGGCUGUCAGAAUGACUUGCUUAGACAGGAACAGAGCCCCAGUCCAAGCCAGGCUAGCCUUGGGGACUCAGGGCAGGGGUGCUCACCAAGUGAUUCCACAGUUCUUGGCCUCAGUGAUACUAGUCUGAGUACAAACCAACUCUAUCAGAAAGAUCAAGUGUCAGAUGGUGUCUCUGUUCAGAGUUCAGGGCCAAACUGUCACAGACAGAGCUCUGUUGAAAGUGACCUUGAUGCCAGGGUCUCAGAGCCCACUGCUAAGGGACUGGAACUAAGUCAGACUAAAACAAAAGGAAGUGACUUUUUCAUUGAUAACUCUAAACCAGCCAGUGCAGAUUACGUUGGUACCUUGAUCUCUAAGAACAAAAAGUCACUCCCACAGGAAGAUAGCAUUAUUGUGCCUUCUUCCAAGAGUACUUUACCUGUAUCAGUACCUAAAAGUACCGGUGACAGAGAUGCCCGGUCUUCCUCAAAAGGAGUGGACUUUGAUGGGAAACCAGGUUGUGACUCUGAAUAUAAUAGCACUUUGGAAAAUAGUUCUGAUACUAUAUCUGUUCAGGAUAGCAGUGAAGAAGACAUGAUUGUUCAGAAUAGCAAUGAAUGUAUCUCUGAGCAGUUCACAACAAAAGACCAAGGCAUGGAGAGUGUGGAGCCGUCAACAUAUGAGUUAGUUCCUAAAUCUGCUGAAAAUUGUGAAGAUAAACUACAGGGUAAGGUAACUGAAGCAAAUGGUAAAAAAAUAGGGCAGCACCAGAAGCUGGACGAGAGAUCAGUUAACAAAUGUGUUGGCCAAGUAAGCCUAAAACAUAUCACCGACAAAAAGAAUAAUGAAAAUCAAGAUUCUGAAAAGAAAGGACAGAAGGCAAAUAAAUUCCAGAUAAAUGGCAAAGAUAGUAAAGUUAAGGGGUUCCUGAAAGGGCAGUGUGCGAAGGACGGCUCUGAAGGGAAAGCUGUGAAUGUUACUGUUGAACCAAAGGUCAAUAAUGUCAAUAAAGUGAUCCCUGGAAAUAUCAAGUCACUGGCUGUUAAAGAAUCUGCUGUGAAGCCCUUUGUUAAUGGUGACAUCAGCAUGGAAGAUUUCAAUGAACAAAACAGUUCAGAAACCAACUCACAUUUACUGAGUCCUUCAGAUGCCAAAGGUAAUCACCAAGACAGCCUACACACCCUACCGACCACCAAAGAGUCAAACAGUACCCAGGUAACCAUACCUCCAGCCCCUUGCCCAGAACGUAACUCACGUAAUCAGGAGGAAGAUAUGGAAACAGAGAGUUCAGAGGUUAAGAAGGUUACCCCAUCUCCUGUUGCUUCUAACCUUACUAAUGACUUCAUGGAUGAAAAUGGUCUACCCUCCAGCAAGGACAGGAAUGUCAAUGGAGAAUCCAAAAGGAAAACAAUCAUCACAGAGGUCACCACGAUGACAUCCACAGUUGCCACAGAAUCGAAAACUGUCAUUAAGGUAGCAAAGGGGGACAAGCAAACUGUGGUUUCUUCCACAGAAAAUUGUGCCAGAUCCACUGUCACAACUACCACUACCACUGUGACAAAGCUCUCCACACCCUGCCCAGACAGUGAUAUUGACACCAUCUCUGUAAAGGAGCAGAGCAGAACUGUGGUCACCACGACAGUGACGGACUCCCAGACCACUGCAGGAAGCACGCUGGUAACAUCCAUGACAGUGAGCAAAGAAUACUCCACAAGAGACAAGGUGAGACUGAUGAAGUUCUCCAGACCCAAGAAGACCCGCUCCGGAACAGCCCUGCCGUCCUACAGGAAGUUUGUUACCAAGAGCAGCAAAAAGAGCAUUUUCGUGUUGCCAAAUGAUGACUUGAAAAAGCUGGCCAGGAGAGGCGGGAUCCGGGAAGUCCCUUACUUUAAUUAUAAUGCAAAACCUGCCUUGGACAUAUGGCCAUAUCCUUCUCCUAGACCAACCUUUGGUAUCACGUGGAGGUAUAGACUUCAGACGGUAAAAUCCCUAGCGGGAGUGAGCCUGAUGUUACGGUUACUAUGGGCCAGUUUGAGAUGGGAUGACAUGGCAGCCAAAGCUCCUCCAGGAGGAGGGACUACACGGACAGAAACAUCUGAAACUGAAAUCACAACCACAGAGAUAAUUAAGAGGCGUGAUGUGGGUCCUUACGGCAUUCGUUCUGAGUAUUGUAUCAGGAAGAUCAUUUGCCCGAUUGGAGUUCCAGAAACACCAAAAGAAACACCCACACCUCAGCGGAAAGGCCUUCGGUCAAGUGCACUGCGGCCAAAGAGACCUGAAAUGCCCAAGCAGACGGGUCCUGUUAUCAUUGAAACCUGGGUGGCAGAAGAGGAGUUGGAACUCUGGGAGAUCAGGGCUUUUGCUGAGAGAGUGGAGAAAGAAAAGGCCCAAGCGGUGGAGCAGCAGGCUAAGAAACGUUUGGAGCAACAGAAGCCUGCGGUCAUUGCUGCGUCUACCACAUCCCCAACAAACAGCACAAGCAGCACCGUCUCGCCAGCUCAGAAGGUGAUGGUGGCUCCCUUAAGUGGCCCAGUCACCCCUGGAACGAAGAUGGUGCUAGCCACCAAAGUUGGGUCUCCUGCCACAGUAACAUUCCAGCAAAACAAGAACUUCCAUCAAACCUUUGCCACGUGGGUGAAGCAAGGCCAGUCCAAUUCAGCCACCAGCACAGCUGCCACCUCUGCUACAACCAUUGCCAGCACAGGUCAGACGUUCCAAAUUACAGGCAAUCCCGUCACUAUGGCAGGAAAAGUAAUUACCAAACUGCCACUUCCUGCAAACAGCAAGAUUGUCGCUGUAAAUGUGCCAGCAACACAAGGAGGCGUGGUCCAGGUACAGCAGAAAGUCCUGGGUAUCAUUCCAUCGACGACGGGUCCUAGUCAGCAGACCUUUACUUCAUUCCAGCCCAGGACUGCCACAGUAACAAUUAGGCCCAAUACCUCAGCCUCUGCAGGAACCACUACCACAUCCCAGGUACUCACGGGGCCUCAGAUCCGUCCUGGUAUGACGGUGAUUAGAACACCCCUCCAGCAAUCAACACUAGGCAAGGCAAUUAUUCGAACCCCUGUGAUGGUGCAGCCAGGUGCUCCCCAACAAGUGGUGACUCAAAUCAUCCGAGGACAGCCUGUUUCCACUGCCAUUUCCGCUCCAAGUACAGCUUCUUCCGCACCUGGGCAAAAAGGCCUAAGUCCAGGAACAGCAGCUGGUACUCUGCAGCCUUCAGCCCCACCACCACCUCGCCCCCAACAAGGGCAAGUGAAGCUCACCAUGGCUCAGCUCACUCAGUUAACGCAGGGCCACGGCGGCAACCAAGGUUUAACAGUAGUAAUUCAAGGACAGGGUCAAACCACUGGACAGUUGCAGUUGAUACCUCAGGGGAUGACCGUCCUUCCUGGGCCAGGGCAGCAGCUCAUGCAAGCUGCAAUGCCCAAUGGUACCGUUCAGCGAUUUCUCUUCACCCCACUGUCUACAACAGCCUCGACCGCCGCCACCACCACCAGCAGCAGCAGCACCACCACCACCACCACUUCUACAGCAGCAGGUUCAGGGGAACAAAAACAGAGUAAAUUGUCACCCCAGCCCCAGGUCCAACCAGCCACAACCAUGGCGCCAGCUCAGUCAUCAAGUGUGAGUCCCGCAGAAGCCCAGCCACAGACUCCUCAGCCUGCAGCACAGCCCCAGCCCCAGCCCCAGUCCCCAGCUCAGCCUGAAGUCCAGACCCAGCCAGCUGUCUCGUCCCAUGUCCCUUCUGAAGCACAGCCCUCCCAGGCACAGCCAUCUAAACCCCAGGAACAGUGUCAGCCUCAGAACAGUGUUCAAGGACAGUCUCCUGUUCGUGUCCAGAGCCCACCAUUGACUCGAAUACGCCCAUCAACUCCAUCCCAAGUGACUCCUGGACAGCAACCCCAAGUUCAGACUACAACCUCACAGCCGAUUCCAAUCCCGCCCCCCACAUCUCUGCAGACACCUUCCCAAGGCCAGCCACAGUCACAGCCCCAGGUACAGUCUUCAACUCAAACUCUUUCUCCAGGACAAACAUUAAGUCAAGUUACUAUUUCAUCCCCGUCUUAUCCUCAGCUACAAACAAAGCAGCUGCAGCCCCAAGUCAUUGCUGUGCCUGAGCUCCAGCAAAUCCAGGUUCUCUCUCAGAUCCAGUCACAGGUUGUGGCUCAGAUACAGGCUCAGCAAGGUGUUGUGCCCCAGCAAAUCAAACUGCAGUUACCCAUUCAAGUUCAGCAAAGCAGUGCUGUGCAGACUCAGCAUGUUCAGAGUGUGGUCACAGUGCAGGCAGCCAGUGUGCAAGAGCAGUUGCAGAGGGUUCAGCAACUCAGGGAUCAGCAGCAAAAGAAGAAGCAGCAGAUAGAAAUUGAGCGUGAACACACCCUCCAAGCUUCUAACCAAAGUGAAAUCAUUCAGAAACAGGUGGUGAUGAAGCAUAAUGCUGUAAUAGAACAUUUAAAACAGAAAAAGACCAUGACUCCAGCUGAAAGAGAAGAAAAUCAAAGAAUGAUUGUGUGUAACCAGGUGAUGAAGUAUAUUCUGGAUAAGAUAGAUAAAGAAGAGAAACAGGCGGCUAAGAAACGCAAGCGCGAGGAGAGUGUGGAGCAGAAGCGGAGCAAGCAGAAUGCCAGCAAGCUCUCUGCUCUGCUCUUCAAACACAAGGAGCAGCUCAAAGCUGAGAUCCUGAAGAAGAGGGCGCUCCUGGACAAAGAGCUGCAGAUCCAAGUACAGGAGGAGCUGAAGAGAGACCUGAAAAUGAAGAAAGAGAAAGAUAUGGCACAGGUGGUACAGGUCAGUGCUGCCACAGUGUCCAUACCUGCAGCACCAGCACCGCCACCAGCAGCCCCUCCAGCUCCUCCUCCUCCUUCGCCUCCCUUGGCACAUAGUCUGCCACCUGCAGGCCACCCAGCAGCACCACUGCCUGUCACUUCCCAGAAGAGGAAGCGGGAGGAGGAGAAGGACUCCAAGUCCAAGAAAAAGAAGAUGAUCUCCACCACCUCAAAGGAGGCCAAGAAGGACACCAGGCUGUACUGCAUCUGCAAGACGCCCUAUGACGAGUCCAAGUUCUAUAUUGGCUGUGAUCUUUGUACUAACUGGUAUCAUGGAGAAUGUGUUGGCAUCACAGAAAAGGAGGCUAAGAAAAUGGAUGUGUACAUCUGUAAUGAUUGUAAGCGGGCACAAGAGGGCAGCAGUGAGGAAUUGUACUGUAUCUGCAGGACACCUUAUGAUGAGUCACAAUUUUAUAUUGGCUGUGAUCGAUGUCAGAAUUGGUACCACGGGCGCUGUGUUGGCAUCUUGCAGAGUGAGGCAGAGCUCAUUGAUGAGUAUGUCUGUCCACAGUGCCAGUCAACAGAGGAUGCCAUGACAGUGCUCACACCACUGACAGAGAAAGAUUAUGAGGGCUUGAAGAGGGUGCUGCGCUCCUUACAGGCCCAUAAAAUGGCUUGGCCUUUCCUUGAGCCAGUAGACCCCAAUGAUGCACCAGAUUACUAUGGUGUUAUUAAAGAGCCGAUGGACCUUGCCACCAUGGAAGAAAGAAUACAAAAACGGUAUUAUGAAAAGCUGACAGAGUUCGUGGCAGAUAUGACCAAAAUUUUUGAUAACUGCCGUUACUACAAUCCCAGUGACUCCCCCUUUUACCAGUGUGCAGAAGUCCUUGAGUCCUUCUUUGUACAGAAACUAAAAGGAUUCAAGGCUAGCAGAUUGUGAUAUCUUUAGUCUGAAUUUUUAACUGGAAUCAGAACUGGAUGUUGGGGUCACUGUUUAUUGUACCACGUGAUUACCUAAUUCGAAAUUCCCCUCCCAAAAGUUGAAACUAGUUAAUAUAAUUUUUUAAUGUUAAAUACAGAUGUGUAGAUACGUAAAAACUUUAUUCUGGCAGCCAUGUUGGACAACGUGUUUAAAGAAUUGUGACUGCUCGGGAUGCUGUACUCACCUGCUAUUGCAGUCUAAAGCGCUGUGAGUUAGCCCUGCUUCCUGUACAGUAACGUGGUUCCUAGCAGACGUUGUGAAUGAAACUGUGAAAAGAGGAGGACUUUGUGGACUUGAGUUGGAAAAUGUGAUAAUACUGCUACUUGUCUAAUACAACCUUUCAUUUCCUGCGUCAUUGUAAAUAGACAGGCACAUACCUUUUACUGCAGUGAUGUUCUGUAAAUGUCUCUGUCCCAUUUGUUAAAAAUGGUGUAAUCUUAAUAAACAGUAUAUAUUCACUUAUAUAUAUAUAUAUAUAUUUUUAAACAUUGGCUUUUCCAGUGAGCUACCAUGUUUACUGUACAGUGAAAAGUUUUAUUACUAUAGCUUACAGAUUUCUAAAUUGUCAGUUUUCUCAGCUUUGCUUGCCAAGGACGAGUGAAAGAGCAUGGCUGUUCCCCGGGCCACCUUGGCCUCCAUAUCAAGUGUCACUGUCUCAGAAACCAAGGGUGCUUAAUUGUCCGCUUUUCUGUAUUCUGUAGGUCUCAUAACAACAAGCUGCAGUCUACAGCUCCCUAAGCUCAGCGUGUCACCUAAGCGAGACACAGAGUCUGGUGGUCUGCACUGUUUAAAUUAAAGCGCCAGAUGCUUUCGGUCAGGCUGUCCCGACAGGACUUGACCAUGACUCGCUCCUGUUGGUCACAACAGUCCAGUUGUAUUCUUGGCCAGUUUUGUCCAACGGACAAAGGAAAAGCAGAGUCAACGGCACCGUUGCCUUGUGGGAGCAGAGGGCUUUACUGUUGUGCAGAAGCAGGAAACUUUUGUUUAUUGAAAAAAAAAGAAAAAGCAAGAAAAAAAAGAUACUAUGGGGUCAAGUGUAACUCCGUGGAAAUGCCACGUCUGCUCUUCAGUGAAGAAGCUGUUUAGAGUCUCACAGAAAACUUUUUGACUGUAUUUAUUUAUUGUUGCAAAAAAAAAAAAAGACGCUUUUUUAUUGCUCCCUCAUUUGCCAGCUAAUUAUUUUUUCUUAUAAAAUCCAGCCCUGGUUCGUGUAUCAUCCUCUAUCUUAUCAUGAUUCCUGUAGGUGACGUACAAGGCGACCUCUAGAUGUCUUUUCUUUCUAUGAAAGGAGCUGCUAAUGUACACAUGUGCACACAACUGGGAAUCAACAAUGAGUUUAUUGUUCAUGGUAGACACAAAAAGGCUGGGAUAAGUAAGUGGUCCUGGACUACAGACUUCGUUGCCUUGAAUACACCAGUACAAACUGUCAUUCACUGCACCAGGCUAAGUGAGCAAAAUCUAUUUGAAGGUAUCUUGUUUGUAAACAUUUGUCAGAUUCUAAUUUUUUUCUUUUUGUAUUAAAAUUCAACUAUGGAUGUAUAUGAAUCGAAAUAAAUGGAGAUAAUUUUUCUCCCACAGAUGGAGGUCUCUUUGAAUGUGCGCUAAUGAUUACUUGUAAGCCCUUGCGGGGAGAGGGAGAGCCACCAGAAAUCCCAGUAGAGCAGAAGCCCUUCUCUUCAUAAGUCCCACCCUUUGUCAUCACAUCAGAGAAAAUCUCUAGUGUGUCAGUUGGUCAUCCCUCUAAGAACAGGAACGUGACACAGUACAAGCCAACUUCAACCCCACCUUCUGUGAUCCUAGGCAGCUCCCUGUCUGUGGGGUGAAGGUUGUGUAGAUGACCUUGGCUGGGCUCCUUCCCUCGUGCUGCUCGCCGUGUCGUGAAAUCAGCGGAGCUGGGCUGUGCAGCUGUGCAGGCGUUCUAGACUUUGCACUAGUCCAUAUUAGCCUUGUCCUGCUGAGUUCUAGAAUCUACCUAGUUUUUGUUUUUUUAAGUCUUCUCUGUUUGGUGUCGCCCUGCUAUGCAAAGCCUUCCCCAGCCCUUAGUUUCUCAAAAGGAAACUGUGGCAGCAGUUGGCAGUUCUUUCUCCUUACAGGCUCAGGUGUACAGGUUCGGGGUUCACAUGCUCUGUGGAAGCCCACUCCCUCUGUACAUAAAGAUGUCGCUUUGGCCUAUGCUUACAGCUAAAGCGACUAAAUGCUCAAUGUGGUAACAGUUUUUGCUUAAACUAUUAGGUGGAAGUAGUUAAAUACAAGCUAUUUUAUCCUUUUAGUUUACAAAAAGAAAAUGUUCCAUGUUGUAAGCACUGUGCUGAUGCAAGAAUUCUACAUUUUCCUGAGAUAAAGUGAUUCUGCAUCUAGCCACAUCACAGUACUCCUGUCCCAUCCAGUCAUACAUCUAGGUAUAAAUGGGCUCAAUCACUUAUGCUUGUUGCCCCAAGAGCUUUCCUACCUGUAGGCAAUAGAUUGCUAUGUUUUUACAAAUUGUAGCAAAUUCUAAAUAAUUCUUUUUGUACGUAAUAGGACAUUUCAUCCUAAAAAAAUAAAAAAUAAUGUUUUUGACAUUGGAUUCUGUGCAGUUUCUAAUGAAACAAUGGUCUGUUGGUUUGUUGUUUGAUAUGUUUUCUGUAGCUGUUGGCAUUGCCAAGUUGUACAGAAGGGGGGUGGGUUGUGAAUUUCUGAGACCGGGAAGAUGUUAAUUUCAUAUUGUGUACUUAAUGGUAUAAAGACUUUUGCAAUUUCUAUCACCAUAUAAAGACAUUUUAUAAUUUUAUCAGACUAUAGAGCUUUAGUCUUUCAAAAGGAAUUUUUGAAAAAAUCGUACAUUCUUAUUUCAAAAGCUGCUUUUCUACGAAUCUGAUUUGAGGAACUUCUGCUACUGAAUAAAACGUUAACUGUUGGCUUGGGCAGCCAGAGCGCUCCGAUGUGCGUUGGUGAUGCAUUCUGCCUGGGCUUCGCACCUAUAACCUGUAUGUUCUUGGCUUUGAUAGAUUUCUCUGGCUAAAAGUAUUUUUAGCAUUUCCUGUGCUUCAUCUCCAAAUUCACAAUUUGAGACCAUUUCAUAAGAGAUAUUUUCAUAAUGUCUGCAAGAUUUUUUUUCUCCUGUGCAAAUUCUUCAGGGUUUGUGUUUAGCUGUCGUACAGUAGGUCAGCCAAAUUGUGAUGGUUUGGAGAUGUCUCUACAGUCAGAGUGGCCUGGAGUGCUGUGUAGGAGCCCUGACGAUGUGUUGCUGUUUGUAGCCUCCUCCUGAGAUCUGCAAAUAAAACUUCUUGCCCUGUCUCUGUCCAUUUGUGUCACACUGUAAGAGCCAAACCUGGUGGUUGCACACUCAGAUCGACGGCAUUCACUCUGUGUGUGUGUGUGUGUGUGUGUGUGGUGGAGAUGUGUGUGUAUGUUUUUAUGUGUAUGAAUAUUUUGCCUGCAUGUAUGUGUAUGUGCACCAGAUGUCCAUAGGGGGCAGAAGAGGAUAUUGGAUCCCCUGGGACUAGAGUUUACUAAGGUCCUAAGCCACCAAGUGGGUGCUGGGAACUGAACCCAGGUCCUCUGCAAGAGCGGCCAGUGGUUUUAACUGCUGAGCCAUCUCUCCGGCCCCCGGGAUUCACUCUCAUCCCAGCAGAGGCAGAUUCCAGCAGGGUCUUGAACUUGGAAGCCUUAUUCUCCCCGGAGCAAAGUACUGGCUAAUAGGUCCAUGGAGAGCGGGGACAAGAA